CACACACGCACACACACACACACACACGCGCGCACACACAUUUGCACAGAGUCACACACACUGAGCUUUCCUCCUCCGCUGUGUCUGUAGCCUACUAACGGGACAAGUUUAGACCUCCUGGAUAUUUCUGCCGGUUCUCCGCUUUUCUGUCUCCUCCAUGUUAACAUCUCGACCGGAGUGAGGACAUUUACUGCUGAAUGAGAAUAAUGAUGAUGAUGGGAGGAGGCCACAGUCGAAGGUGCAGCCCUCGCUAGAAUCAUACUUUCUCCCCUAACUUCACCCCUCCGCAAUCCAUCCACUACUGCCGUCCCUCCUCCCAGUGCCAUGGCCAACCAUCUGGAGCUGAUCCAGGAGCUGCAGCAGCUGGACAAGGUACCCAGUCUGGAAAGGCUGCGGGCCGCCCAGAAGAGGCGUACCCAGCAGCUGAAAAGAUGGGCUGUGUACGAGAAGGAGAUGCAAAACAAGAAGCGAAAGGCCGACAAGAAGGGACGCAAUGCCAACAACCUCCAUCAAGCAGAGUCCAAGAGGCAUGUGUCUUUUGCCGCCAGCGUGGCACUUCUAGAGGCAUCGUCCAGGAAUGAUGCAGAUGAAGUGCGCUACCUGCUGAAGAACAAUGUGAGUCCAGACCUCUGCAAUGAAGACGGCCUCACCGCCCUGCAUCAGUGUUGUAUAGAUAACUAUGAAGAGAUGGUGAAGAUCCUGCUGGACCGAGGAGCCAGCGUCAACGCUCAGGACAACGAGCUGUGGACGCCUCUGCACGCCGCUGCUACCUGUGGCCACGCAGGACUGGUCAGGAUACUCAUUUCACACGGUGCAGAUUUGCUGGCAGUCAACUCUGACGGGAACAUGCCAUACGACCUGUGUGAAGACGACCCAACACUGGACAUCAUCGAGACAGCUAUGGCCAACAGAGGCAUCACCCAGGAGAUGAUCAACGAGACACGGGCAUCAACCGAGAGAAGGAUGCUGGGAGACAUUCAGGAACUGCUGAGACAGGGACAGGAGGUCAACCAACAGGACUCUCAGGGAGCCACUCUGCUCCACAUCACAGCAGCAAGUGGCUACGUGCAGGCUGCAGAGCUGCUGCUGGAGGGGGGGGCCCGCAUGGACCUGAGAGACUCGGACGGAUGGCAGCCUCUUCAUGCUGCAGCGUGUUGGGGUCAGAUGCAUGUGGCAGAGCUGUUGGUGUCUCAUGGAGCCAGUCUCAAUGCCAAGACCUUCCUAGAUGAGACCCCCAUCGAUCUGUGUGAGGAUGAGGAGUUCAGAGCCAUCCUGCUGGACCUGAAACACAAACAUGACAAUAUCAUGAAGUCGCAGCUCAAACACAAGACCUCGCUGUGUAGGCGAACGUCGAGUGCAGGGAGCCGUGGGAAAGUGGUGCGGCGGGCCAGCCUGUCGGACAGACAUAACUUGUGUCGGAAAGAGUACGAGACGGAGGCCAUCGUGUGGAGGGGAGGGAGGGAGGAGCAGGAGGAAAAAGAGAAAGAAUCUGAUCAGGAGAAUAACCAGGUGGUUAAUGUCAAGCCAGUCGUAGCUGUGGAGCUGCCAGCUGUGGAGCUGCCAGACAAGCCCAAGCUGUCCACCAUCCUCAAAGAUGGCAGCAGCAAACAGAACGGGCUCAUCUGCACGAUGACGUCCACGCCGCCGCAAGCGCCCUCUAAUGGUACCUCCGCAUCGCUAGAUUCCUCCACUCAGGAGGAAGCGUGUCCGAGAGAGCGCGCUCAGACUCUGUCCGAGCUCAAGAAACAGAGGUCCGCCGCUAAAUUGUUGAAUCACCCCUUGUUCAACGGUCACCUAGGUAACGGCUCCACAGACUCCUUCACUGAUGCCAAAAACAACUCCGAGGACCCCCGCAUGCCACUGGUCUCCUCCAAUGGGAACACGGUUUACUACACGCCAGCCAGCGGCGACCCACCCCUCCUCAAACUGAAACAGCCAAUAGACGAAGAGCAGCCGAAGGCGCAGACCUGCUGCUGCGUGUCAUAGCACAGCACCCUGGUCGCUUGACCGUUGACGGAACAGCGUUUGCACAGAAAAGCAAGGACUGUGCUGUAAGAGUGACGAGAGGAAAGAAGGAAAGUGCGUUCCUGUCUUCUAACAUCCUUUUCCUCCACACCUUUAAACUUCUCCCAGAGAAUAUGGCUGGCCUGAAGAAAGGUUUAGAAACUUUACUUGAGGGGGAGGUUCCCUGCCAUCAGACUCCUGCUACAAAAGGAGACACAUUCCCCAAACGCAGACGUGUUGCAAGCAUAGCAGAGAAGAAGAAAAAAAGAACUGCGCAGUGUCACUUGGAUUAAAAUUCUUUUUCUUAAAUGGAGUCUACCUACGAGACAAAUGGAUGGAAAGAGUGCAAGAAGCUCUGACUCUGGCCCUGCUGUCCCCAAUUCACCAUUUUAAGAAUCAAAGUGUGGACAAAUUGUAUUUAAGCUUUUCACAGGGGAAAGGGUCGAAAAGUUUGAAUCAGGAGAGUGGAGAAGAUCUCAAGGUACAAGGUGCAUGUUCUGCCCUCAGAGAUGAGUUUUUUUCUACCUUACAUGUUGAUGGUUAUCAUGUAAUUAAAGAUUUUCUUCAAGGCAAACCACAAUAUUCUUGUCGUUUUCAAAUGUGCAGCGAGGCCAUCAAAGAACGGUCCACGGAUGUAUCGCAUUACAUCACGUUGUACUACAACAUAUCAGAAACAGUGAAACGUAGCAAAAAGAGAUCUGUGACGUAUCUGUCAUGGUAAAAUGUUGCCUGUGUGCGUAAAGUGAAGGAAUGCCAUGAAUCAGUGGUAAAGCAGUCAGGAAGUGUACUUCUACAGCGAGAGAUAACAGGCAAGACUGUAGUUCUGCACUAGUGUUUGAAACUGUCACUAUAUUCUGUCAACUAUAGUUCACCUCACCGUCCUCUCAUGUCAAGCCUGAACUGACAGGUCAUGCUCUGUUUUAUGCAUAACCCUCUUUGUGCUCUCUCAUUUAGGUAAUUUAAGCAAACAUGGUUUAAAAAUGACUGUACAUGUCUUUAUUUAUGAAAUGAAUGCAAUGUGUAAAAAACAUUAUGGUUCCUAAUGUUGAGUGUAUUUAUUAUUUGGAUGGUGUGUGUAGAGAGUGAAUGCAAUAUAAGAUGUGUUGGGGAGUCUUCCAGCAAAGCACCUUUUGAGAUGGAACUGAUAAAGUGAAGUAAGGGUUACUGGUUACUAAGUGUACAUGUUAUUAAAAUCACACAAACAAGCCAUCCUAUAUUGGAUAUUUGUGUCACUACAAAUGACAGUGUUAUUUGUUCAUGUUUUGGGUUGUUUUUUCUUCUUGUGGCCAUUGUGUGGCUUUGUCUUCUCCCAGUCACUGUACUUGUUUCAUUAACAGAAAUUGUAAAUGCCAUGUAAUGUAUUACUGUAAGUAUAGUAUGAUUUGUAUGAUUCCCUCAGU